GGCUUCUCCCGAAAGAGCCACACAUUCCUGCCGAAGAUCUUUUUCCGCAAAAUGUCAUCCUCAGGGGCCAAGGAUAAGCCUGAGCUACAGUUUCCCUUCCUGUUGGACGAGGAGACGGUGGUCACGCUGCAUGAGUGCAAGACACUCUUCAUCCUGCGUGGCCUGCCGGGAAGCGGCAAGUCCACCCUGGCACGGGCCAUCGUGGACAAGUACCGGGAUGGCACCAAGAUGGUGUCUGCUGAUGCCUACAAGAUCACGCCUGGCACCACGGAAGACGUCUCCAAGGAGUACAAGCAGCUGGACGAGGACCUGGCUGCCUACUGCCGCAGGGACGUCAGAGUGCUUGUGCUAGACGACACCAACCAUGAUCGGAAGCGGCUGGAGCAGCUCUUUGACAUGGCUGACCAGUACCAGUACCAGGUGGUGCUAGUGGAGCCCAAGACGGCGUGGCGGCUGGACUGUGCCCAGCUCAAGGAGAAGAACCAGUGGCAGCUGUCAGCCGACGACCUGAAGAAGCUGAAGCCUGCGCUGGAGAAGGACUUCCUGCCACUCUACUUCGGCUGGUUCCUGACUAAGAAGAGUUCGGAGAUCCUCCGCAAGACUGGCCAGGCCUUCCUGGACGAGCUGGGGAACCACAAGGCUUUCAAGAAAGAGCUUCGACACUUUGUCUCUGACGAGCCCAGGGAGAAGAUUGACCUGGUUACCUACUUUGGGAAGAGACCCCCGGGGGUGCUGCACUGCACAACCAAGUUCUGUGACUACGGAAAGGCCGCAGGGGCAGACGAGUACGCCCAGCAGGAUGUGGUGAAGAAAUCAUACUGCAAAGCCUUCAAGCUGACCAUCUCCGCCCUCUUUGUGACGCCCAAGACGACUGGAGCCCGGGUGGAGCUGAGUGAGCAGGAGCUGCCAUUGUGGCCAAAUGAUGUGGACAAGCUGUCACCCUCUGACAACCUGCCUCGAGGGAGCCGCGCACACAUCACCCUGGGCUGUGCGAGUGAUGUGGAGGCUGUGCAGACAGGCCUUGACCUCCUCGAGAUUGUGCGGCAGGAGAAAGGGGGCAACCGAGGCGAGGAGGUGGGUGAGCUGCACCGGGGCAAGCUCUACUCGUUAGGCAACGGGCGCUGGCUGCUGCACCUACCCAAGAAGAUGGAGGUCAGAGCCAUCUUCACGGGAUACUACGGCAAGGGCAAGCCUGUGCCCACACAGAGCAGCCGGAAGGGGGGUGCCCUGCAGUCCUGCACUAUCUUCUGA